AUGAAGGUGGACACAAUGGCCGAGCAGACGCCAGAUGACUUUAUCUGGUGUGAGGACUGUGGCCAGUACCAUGACUCUGAGUGUCCAGAACUGGGACCAGUAGUGACCGUUCAGGACUCAUUUGUCUGGAGCAGAGCACGUUCAUCUCUACCAGACAGUCUGGAAAUCCGUCCAAUGCCAGAUGGGAAAGAUGGCGUGUUUGUCCAGCGGCGACUGGUCAAGAGGACCAGGUUUGGGCCCUUUGAGGCCAAGAGAGUGUUCCACCUGCAAGAAGAAGGGCCCUUUCCUCUCAAGAUCUUCCAAAAAGACGGCCAGGUGGUGUGUUUCGACUCCACCAAUGAGGACGACUGUAACUGGAUGAUGCUUGUGCGUCCAGCCACAGACCACACCCACCAGAACCUGACUGCCUACCAGCAGGACGAUGGGAUCUACUUCAACACCUCUCAGGACGUGCUGCCAGGGACAGAGCUGAGAGUCUGGUAUAGAGCUUUCUACGCCAGGAAGAUGGAUAAACCCAUGUUGAAGCUGCCAGUCCCUCCACCUCCACCAGAUGUGGUCGCUUCCUCCACCCAGCCAGGGCAGGCCUUCGAGAACUCUGGAACAUCAAUCCCUCUAGUGGUGCAAGAGAAAAACACAGUCUCAGAGCACUUGCUGAGCCACCUCCAGGAGGUGAAAACGGUUGCUCCUCUCCCCGCCGACCAGCCCGCCCCCCAGCUAGCAGACCUGGUGACCCAUGAAGACAUGGAGGAUCCCCAACCCCCUGCCCCCGCUCCUGUGGAACCCAGUAGGAGGCUGGGCCGGGGCCGCAGGGCCAAGGGACGCAAGGCCGGAGCCUCAGCUGCAGCCAGGAGAACCAGAGGUGCCAUGGCCUCAAGGCUGGCAGAGCGCUCCCUCAGCUCACCUCCUGCCCCCGGGGGAGAGGCCCCGCAGGCGGGGGGGAACAGCCUGGUGAUGGGCCCUGACGGCGUGGCCGUCCUGAGGAGGGCCAAGACCGGGGAGCAGAAGCGGGUGUACAGGUGCUCGCUCUGCAGCAAGGUCUUCCAGAACAGCAGCAACCUCAACAGGCACAUCCGCUCCCAUGGUGACAAGCUGUACAAAUGUGACGAAUGUGACAAGCUGUUCAGUCGCAAGGAAAGCCUGAAGCAGCACAUCUCCUACAAGCACAGCAAGAAUCUGCCUGACGUAGAGUACAAGUACAGGUGCAACACGUGUGAGAAGUCCUUCCGGGUUGAAAACGCCUUGAAGUUCCACAACUGUCGGACAGAUGACAAGACGUUCCAGUGUGAGAUCUGCUCGCGGUUCUUCUCCACCAACAGCAACCUGUCCAAGCACAAGAAGAAGCACGGAGAGAAGCUGUACUCCUGUGAGAUCUGUAACAAGAUGUUUUACCGCAAAGAUGUCAUGCAGGAGCACCACAGAAGGCAUGGUGUGGGCCCAAAGCACAUGAAGAGAGAGGAGCUGGAGGCCAAUGGAGACGAAGGGACCAAAUACAGAAAGGAGCCCUCUGCUUGUCCCAUCUGUGGGAAGGUGUUCUCCUGCAGGAGUAACAUGAACAAGCACCUGCUGACUCACGGCGACAAGAAGUACACGUGCGAGAUCUGCGGACGCAAGUUCUUCCGGGUGGACGUGCUGAGGGACCACAUCCACGUUCACUUCAAGGACAUCGCCCUGAUGGAUGAGCAGGAGAGGGAGGACUUCAUCAAGAAGAUCGGCAUCGCCGUGGGCGACAGUGACGAGUCCGAGGAGGAGGAGGAGGAAGAUCCAGAGAACCACAAGUACAGCUGCAAGAAGUGUCAGAUGUCGUUUGCCAAGGGCAGAGAGUACCUGAAACACAUCAUGGAGCAGCACAAGGAGAGGGGCUACGGAUGUGUCAUCUGCAACCGCCGCUUCGCCCUUAAGGCCACCUACAACGCCCACCUGGUGAUCCACAGAGAGCAGCUCCCAGACCCCGCUGUGCAGAAGUAUAUCCACCCGUGCGAAAUGUGCGGCAGGAUAUUUAACAGCAUUGGCAACCUUGAGAGACACAAAAUCAUCCACACAGGGGUGAAGAGUCACGGGUGUGACCAGUGUGGGAAGUCCUUUGCCAGGAAGGACAUGCUAAAGGAGCACUUAAGGGUUCAUGACAACAUACGGGACUUCCUGUGUGCCGAGUGUGGGAAAGGGAUGAAGACCAAGCAUGCGCUGCGGCACCACAUGAAGCUCCACAAGGGCAUCAAGGAGUACGAGUGCAAGGAGUGUAACCGCAAGUUUGCCCAGAAGGUCAACAUGCUGAAACACUACAAGAGGCACACAGGGAUUAAGGACUUCAUGUGUGAGUUGUGUGGGAAGACCUUCAGCGAGCGGAACACUUUAGAGACCCACAAGCUGAUCCAUACAGUGGGGAAGACGUGGUCGUGUGCGGUGUGCGAUAAGAAGUACCUGACGGAGUACAUGCUCCAGAAGCACGUCCACCUCACCCACGAGAAGGUGGAGGCCCAGUCCUGUCACCUGUGUGGCACCAAGGUCUCCACCCGCGCCUCCAUGAACCGGCACAUGCGUCGCAAACACCCGGAGAUUGUCAGCGUGAGGAUCGACGAUUUCGACGACCUUCAGGAAGCCUCCACCAUCGACGACUCCUCCAUCAGCAUAGUGCAGCCCACCCUCACCCUGGACAAGGAGGCUCUGUCGGAGGACAGGCCCUCGCGGACACCCCGCCCCCACAGGAAGAAGCCCAAGCAGCUGGUGGAGCCGGAGCUGUCCGACUCUGACGAGUACGCCGACUUUGCGGCCAAAGCAGCAGAGUUCACCGCUGUCGUAGGGGACGAGACCGAGACCAGCUCUGCUGUGCAGAGUAUCCAGCAGGUGGUGGUUCUGGCUGACCCCAGUGCCUCCUCAGCCUCCUCACCCAACAGCUCGGUGGGCUUGACCAACAUCACGGUCACCCCCAUCACCUCGCACGCCCCCGCCCAGUUCACCAGCCUGCAGCCCGUCGCCGUGGGCCACCUGACCCCCGGCGACCGGCCCCUCACCCUGGACAGCUCCAUCCUCACGGUCACCUUCGACGCCGUCAGCGGCUCCGCCAUGCUCCACAACCGUCCGGCCGAGCUCGUCCCCGAGACCAUGGGGCCCGGGGGGGGCGCCGCCCCCCAGUCCGUCGCCCACUUCAUCAACCUCACCACCUUCGUCAACCCCAUGGGCCACCCGCUGGAGACCUCCACCCUGGCCUGGAGGCCCGUCACUCAGGCCGAAGGCGGCCAGGUCUCCCCUGUGGUGGACGGGGCUCCAGACAACACCCAGGAAGGUCAGACUCAGGCCACAGAGGAGGGCCAGGCCCAGCCACAAGCCCAACCACAGCAGCCCAACACGGCACAGCAGAUGUUCAGCUACUAGAGGGCAGAGGUGCUGGUCACCUCCCAGCUGGGAACGGUCAUGUGGUCCUGUUGUGAAAGCCCAUGCGGAGACGAGAGACUCACCCAGAUGCCUACAUUCCCCUUGAGGCACUUCUUGAGAAGUGGAUGGAAACCGAAUGAGAAAUCACUGUCGUGUCUUUGUCCUAUUGUCAAAACCCUAUAGCUGUUGAUCAUUGUAAUGGACAAUGUUAUUUACUGUAUGUAGAGUAAGACGUUACCAUGCAGCUUUCCUUUUUGGUGUACAGUUUACGUUUUCACUUCCAACAGUUACAUAAAUCAAAGUACGAUUAUGUGAAUGCCUUAUGAUUUAGUAUCAUCAGACGCGCAUGUUUUGUUAUAUUUACAGAAGGUCCUUGUUAGCUUACAGUCAUAAUGUCUUACAAACAAUGUUUAUAUUAAUCAUUUUCUGUACUAAACUUCUAAAGCGAUUAGGGUACACUGCAGAAGCUGAGAAUGUUUGAUUCAUCACAACAUUAAGCAUUUAUCCAAAUAGAGUUCAAAUGGAAAUAAGCUUUUGAAAAAAGUUUUUUUUCAGUGUUUGUAAGACAAAUGCAGAUUAUUGUUGAGCAAUUAUCUAAGAGAUACUUGAAGCCUUUUUUAGUGUUUUAUGUUUUUCAAGUAAAUAUCCUAAAACGGCACGUGAAAAACAAUGUCCAACAUGAAUAAUAUAAAAAUGGUA